GUUCGUAACGGAGAGCUGCAGACCAUAUGGGACAAAAGCGCACUAGCAUCUAACAAUCUAUGACAAAUCUGUUACCAUUCCCAGAGACUUGUCGGAUCAAUUCAUAAUAUUUUUCUGCUUUAAAGCAGGAUUCGCUGGCGAGCUGAUUUAAACAAAGACCUCACUGGAUGCCCAACCAUUGUUAUUUAUAACAAUCAACUGUAUAAAGACAAAGAGCUUUCACACCAUUGUACAGGAUUUUUAGUUUGAGUCAGGGGAGAUUGAACAGAAGACUGUGGUAUGUCUGCAAUAAAGACAGAAGAUACGGCCAAUGGCAAGAGUGUUGCUAACGGAGGAGGAGUCGUUUUUGAAGAGGCCGGAGUUACAGUCCUCAGGCCUACAGACCUGUCAGAGAUGUUGGCAGCAGGAACUAAAGAAGUUCACGAGAAGGCAGAAAACACAGCGUUUGUCAAAGAUUUCUUGAGGGGACGAAUCCGCAAGGAGCUUUUUAAGCUUGGCCACGUGGCUUUAUACUUCACGUACUCUGCCAUGGAAGAAGAAAUCGAGAGAAAUAAAGAUCACCCUCAGUUCGCUCCACUCUACUUCCCUAAUGAACUCCACCGGCGUGAUGCUCUGGCUCGUGAUCUGGAGUAUUACUGUGGUGAUGACUGGCAAAACCAGAUCAGCUGCUCUCCGGCCACUCAACGCUAUGUGGACCGCAUACACCAGGUCGGCCAGGACGACCCUGUGCUUUUAGUUGCUCACGCUUACACACGCUAUAUGGGUGACCUGUCGGGUGGUCAGGUGCUGAGGAAGGUGGCCCAGCGUGCUAUGAAGCUGCCACCAACUGGAGAAGGGCUGAACUUCUAUGAGUUUGAUGGUAUUCACAGCGCCAAGGCCUUUAAACAGCUGUACCGGAGCCGCAUGAAUGAGCUGGACCUUGACAUGGACAUCAAAGAGAAGAUUGUGGAGGAAGCUAACCAAGCUUUUUACUUCAAUAUGGAGGUUUUUGGAGAACUUGAGGAAGUAGGAAAGACUCUUCAGGAUGAUGUUUUGGAUGCAGCUCCUGUUCAUGGUGACAUGCAGGGAGACACCAGCCAGUGUCCUUACCACGCUGCAAAAAUGGCUGCCAGUGGAGGAUCAACGUAUAUUUGCCAGACGGCCAUGACUGUGCUUAAAAAACCCUCUGCUCAAGUCAUAUUGGCUGCCUGGAUCGCUGUCUUAGCCGGAUUGGCUGCUUGGUACCUCAUGUGACCUCAUAUGAUCAAAUUAUUGGAGGAGAGGGUCAGAUAUUAAAACAUUCGUGCUUUAAAAUUGUGAGCCAUUCCACACCUUGAACCAUUUUCCUUUUAGUGUGACCCAUUUGCCCUUUAGUUCUCGGGUAAAUUUAGUUUAUAAUAAUGACUUAUGAACAUACAGUCUUUAAAUGCAGGAUAGCAUAGUUUAGCGUUUUGUUGUAACUUUUUAACCUGUCAUUGUUUAUGAAAUAUGAAGUUAACGGUUGGGAGGUGCAGAAAAAGGCAGGAUGUCAUUUUUGUAGAAGAAUUUUAUUACAGAAGAAACAUUUGAUGCAACAUGUCUUAGGCCUGAAAAAUACUCUACGCAAGUACGUAAACACAAGUGCUUCUAGCUAACCAAGCUCUGUUUCACGUGAUUUGAAAUGUGUCAGAAAACAAUUCGAAUGCGACACAAUUCUCAGUGUUAUCGCAAGGGGGUGCUAUAGUGGGAAUUAGUGCAUAAUUUCAUUUAAUUUUAAUACUUAAUUUAUACAGUUCAUUUAUUUUUUCUUUAGUUCAACUACUGUCAUGACAGUCAAGCACUUCUUCUGCACUUCAACUGCACGCUUGCAAAGUGUUUGCCAUGCAUUUUGCGGACUUGCGUGAAGUACAUUUCUAACUAUAUGCUUUGAUAAAGGUACAGUUUUUACUACAAGAAGGACAUAGUUGGACUGGCCCAUUUGUCAGGCCAUUUUAAAUUGAUAUAUGCAAAGCAUAAAUGCACCGUUUAAAACAAAGAAACACAUUGCAUCUGCAGUGCGGACUACUGAAAUGCCAGUUCACUUUAUUUGCUGGCGAAAUGGUUAAUGAAGAAGAGCCUUUACAAAGAUUUGCACAUUAUUAUAUUUUAUCACAUCUUGUUUACAGCACCAGAUUUCUGUUAUUUGGCUUCAUUGAUGACCAGUUAUCUGAACCAGAAUUAGCUGUUUUUACUUCUAGUUUGAUCGAUAUUGGCUUUUUAAUAGCUGAUGCCAAUAUUGAUAUCUAGACAGGAUCAGGCCGAUAUUUGCCUAUAUUUAUAAUACAAUUUACAGAUAAAAAAUUAGAUGGACAUAACUUUUUUUUUUUUAUUUGACACAAUAUUUACUCAAAAUUAACUCAAAAGCAGGGGCAAUGUAAAAUGUCAACAUGACCGAUAUUUUGCCGAUAUAUCGUAUAUAAUAAAAUUUAGCAACACAAAAAUUGCUGAAUUUAAAUGAACACCUAUCUUACACCUAUUUACUUGAAAUUCAGUAUAUAGUAAAUAUAUUUGAAAAUAUGUCGAAGAUUGGAACCGACUAAGGCUCAAUUAUUGGCUGAUGCUGAUUUUCUCAAAAUGUCCAAAAAAAACGUUAGAUUAAUCAGCCUGUCCGAUACUUCAGUCUAUGGGGCCGUUUACAUGGCAACGUUUUCAACUAAAAACGGAAAACUUUUUAUGCAUUUUGGCUGUUCGUUUACACGACAAUGGCGUUUUGGGGCCUGAAAACGCAAACUUUUGAAAACGGGUUUCAAAGUGCAAGUUUUUGAAAACGAUGCCGUUAUCGUCUCCGUGUAAGCAUACACAAAUGCGAAUUUGUGAAAACAAUGACGUCAUGCGCACGCGUAUUACGUGUUUAGUCAAUAGGCAUGCGCUCGAGUACUUCAAAACAACGCAUGAGACAUUCAAAACUACAAUGGCGGACUACAGGACUGUGUUUGUGCUGCUCAAGAUUUUGAGUUUAUUGAAGCUUCUCCAGCAAAGUAAUUGUAGUAAUAAAGCAACCUCAUCGUCCGUCCAGACAAAAUUGCUCGAUGCUUUCGCCAUCUUCAUUGUUUGUAUUUACCGCUCUGUGGAAGAAUGCUUAUGUGCGCAGGCGCGUAGUGUUUCUUUACAAAGUGACAUCGCCAACUACUGGCCUGGCAUGCAUAAUACAGCGUUUUUAGUCGUUUUCGUGGAUCCGUGUGAACGGGGAUCGUUUUGACAACGCUGUCGUCUUUACGCAAAACUUUUCAAAAACGCAAAGGAAAAACCUUUCGGUUUUUCUUACAUCAUUGUCGUGUAAACGUACCCUAUAACUACUUUCACCAAGAAUCGUUAGAUAUUUAUAAGUGUUUCAGUGCAAUUUAAACAAGGGAACAAUACUGAAAGUGAAUAAGUAUAACUACACAGCAAAAAACAGUCUUUAUUUAGUGACUGGUUAAGUGCUCAUGGAAAAGAUGUGCUUUUAGCCGUUUUUUGAAGAAAGUGAGUCAGCUUCACGGAUUGAGUUGGGAAGGUCAUUCCACCAACAAGGCGCCGUUCCUUAGCCGACUACAGGCUUCUGGUGGGAACGUAGCUCUGCAGAAAUUAUUUUAGGUAUGCAGUCUAAACAUACACGAUACAUUGAUUUUUACUUUUAUUUUUUAACACAACAGCAUGUGCAAUGUUCACCAAAGCACUGUGAGAUGAUGCAUUCGAAAAGGAUCACAGUUUUGAGUGUCUGGCCUUAUUUACUGAGGCUUGUGUAUUUAAGUACACAUUUAACUAAAAGUAUUUUUCUUAGAUGGUCAGAAAGUGUGCACUGGUUUCAGUGUAUGCAGAGUGUUUCAGAAAUCUAUCUAUGAUUUCGAUACAGUUUUAUAGAAGAACUAACAUAACCACUUCAUUAUACUGAUCAAUAAUGUUGUUUAAAAAUGUCCCAUGUAAAACCAAACCCAUAAAGUUUGUACUGUGUUACUGUGGUCAUGGCUUGGAAUUUGUGAACCAAAGGAAAUGUUACUUGCAAUGUAGAAUUCGACAUUACUGAUUACGGUAUUAGAACAGGUCACAUUUGACAGAUGUAUUUAAAGUGUUUUGCAACUGGAUUGGUUUGAGUUUUCAUGUGGUAGCUUAUUGUGUCUUUGGGGUUGCUUCAAAGCACAUAGAGAUGACAGAAAUUGACUGGUAUACAGUGUUUUUCCUUUAGUAAAUCAUUUUGAAACAUUCUCCAUAGCGUUAUAUUUAUUUUAAAACUUAAGUGGCAGAACAGCUUGACAUUUGGUGGUAUAAAACCUGAUAUUUUUCACUUUAAAAUGUACAAAUUUGCCUCUAUGACUAGGUUUAGAAUGGCAUACUGCCAAACUAAUACCAUUUCUGCAGUAUGUAAACAAGGCGCACUGAAUUAAAUAUGCAAUGCAGUGAGGUCAAUCAAUGAGCCUGUUUACAUGCACACCAGUAUGCUGAUAACUCCCAAAAAUCAGCUUAUUUAAAAAAAUUGUGUUUACAUGAGAUUUUAAACAAUCGAGUUAUGCUCUGCUUUUGAUACCAGUAUGUAAGGGGUCAUGCACACAACACUUACGUUCAUUAGAUAAGCCGGUAAAAACGCUGUUAAAGGUGUUUGCAUGCAAGGCGAAAUCUGGGUAAUGGUCAAAAACCUACCCGUGUCGUUCAGUUUAUUUUUAAGCCGUUUAUGACUGUACACCGAACAAGGAAAGCCAUUUAAUGCGUUUACUUGACCUACAGACAUUGUCGUCUUAUUAAGCAUAAUCGAUGUUAGAUUAUUUACAUGCACGCUCUUACGAUUAUGUCUAAGGUCACGUAAACACUGUUUCUUUAUCGUGUAAGG